AUGGACGCCCACAGCAAAAACACUACAUCAUCUGAGGGUGCCACCCAUACCCUGCUUAUCCAUGGCCCCGUUGAACUCAAGCAAGGCUGGAGGAGGCAGAAACGGCACCUCUUCUUGUUCAAUGAUUUGUUGCUGAUGUCUAAUACCGAUUAUAAAAACACCUUUAAGAUAAAAAAUCAAAUACCACUGAGCACCAUGUGGAUAACCAACUGUACGGACAAAGUGGGAGAUACCAGCAUCAAUGCUGAGAGGUCCUUCAUCUUGGGCUGGCCCACGGUGAACUUUGUGGCCACCUUCAGGUCUUCCGAACUAAAGGAAAAAUGGUGCUCUUUCCUUCAAAGGUACAUCAAUCUAGCCAAAGAGAAGGACCAGCCAAAAAGCAUUCCCCUCCAAAUCUUCACUGGAGACAUCGAGAACUGUGGCGGUUCUGUAACUGUAACAGUGGCAAAUUCAGACACAGCGAAUGACAUUAUCAACAUGUCACUACCAAUGCUAGGAAUAACUGGCUCUGAGAAAGACUAUCAGCUGUGGGUCAGUUCUGGCAAAGGAGAAGCCCCACAACCACUAAUUGGACAUGAACAUCUCUAUGGAAUUAAAAUGAGCCAUCUUCCAUCUACUCCACUGCUGCCACAGGGACCAGAGGCCUCCAUCUCUCCUUCCACCCUCCAGGAGCCCCUCCUUCCAAAGGAGGGGUUCCCAGAGAUGCAAGGCCAGUUCAUCCUGAAGCCCAGGCACCCAGUGCAGAACCAGCAAGGGAGAGGUUCAGGCCAGAAGACAGUUAAAAGGAAUCCUUUCAUAAACUGGGCCCUUAGGUGGGGCCCCAGAGCUUGCCAGGACAGCCAGUGCACAGCUCCACCUUCUGCAAAGCCAGCACAGCUCUUCGGAGUUUCCCUCAUGGAUGUGUGUGAUAAUGACCACCUGCCCUCCCCCAUUCUGGAUAUGCUUUGCUUUAUCAAUCAAAAAGGGCCAUUCACAGAAGGCAUCUUCAGAAAAUCAGCCAAUAUGAAAUCAUGCAGAAUCCUGAAGGAGAAACUAAAUUCUGGGGACAAAGUGAACUUGGACGGUGAAUCUGUUCUUGUGGUAGCAUCUGUCUUAAAGGAUUUUCUUCGAAAUAUCCCAGGAAGCAUAUUUUCAUCCGAUCUCUAUGACAAAUGGCUUGCUGUUGCUGAUCAAGGGAAUGAGGAGGAGAAAGUAACUGUAGCCCAGAGGCUGUUAGACCAGCUGCCAAGAGUGAAUGUUGUUCUCUUGCAAUACCUUUUUGGAGUGUUAUACAACAUUGAGCAGCAUUCCUCAUCCAAUCAGAUGACAGCUUACAAUUUAUCAGUGUGUAUAGCCCCAAGCAUUCUUUGUUCAUCUAAUUCCUGCAGCUCGGGAUUAGAAAGCAACUUCAUAAAAAAGGUUUCUCUUGUACAAUUUCUCAUUGAAAACUGCCUCAAGAUAUUUGGGGAAGACAUCACUUCCCUCUUGGGAGAGAGCUCAACGAGCUGUGAUAACAGCGAGAAUGCUGCAGUGACAGCACAACAACCUCUUGAAUCCAAGCCGGUGACGGUGAUAAUGAUUUACAAAAAGGCACAACUGCAGGAUAAUACCAAGACUUCAUCUGGCAUGGAUCCACAUAGCCACCUGUCUACAGUUCUCAAAGUCACUGAAGACUAG